AUGCAUAAGGCGGCGAUCCCAUCAUCAUCAUCAUCAUCAUCAGGUAGAACAUGGGUUUCACCGGAGGAGAACAGUACCGGUCCCGGCGGAGGAUCACAGGCUCCGGCGGAGAAGAGUACCGGCGGCGUCGAAAAUGAGAGUAGUGGAAUUCAAGCGAAGAAACUGGUGUUGGAAAGUGCGGUUAUAGUAUUCGGGAGAAAAGGGUGUUUCAUGUGCCACGUGGUGAGGCUGUUGCUGGUGGGUCUUGGUGUGAAUCCUCCGAUUGUGGAGGUGGAGGAGGGUGACGUGGCGGGCGUUAUUGAGGAGCUGUCUGACGGUGGUGGUGGUGGUGACGAUGAUUUGCAAUUUCCGGCGGUUUUCGUGGGAGGGAAGUUGUUUGGAGGUCUGGAGAGAGUGGUGGCGACUCAUGUUUCUGGCGAAUUGGUUCCCAUCUUGAGACAAGCAGGAGCCCUUUGGCUUUAAUUAAUAAUUUGUCUAAUUAA